AUGUUAUUGGCUGGGAAAGCUUUGACUGAGGCUGAUCAGUUGGGAACUUUGUUGAAAGUUUUUGACAUGAAUAUGUUGGAUACGGCUAAAAAGGGUCUUGAUUUGUUGAUUCGCAUAGACAGAGCUGCAGGGAGAUUGGUGUUAUCUCAGGGUGGCUUUAUGGCUGGAACUGCAGGGAGACUUUAUUUUCCAGUAAACUAUCAGUUGUUAGUUUUGUUGAAGACUAUGCAGGGGGCUUUUGAUGAUAUAAGAUUUGCAGCAGCUUUGGUGUUAACUGUUUUGCUAGACGGGAGGUGGUCCCAACCUAACGUCCCAAGUUCAAGGUGGAGCAGCGGGUUCAUGUUUUUGGUUUCUUCUAAGGGGCGUAUGCCCGCUAAGGCAUUGUCAAAUCACGUAAUUUCUGAUGUCAUUGUUCUUGUUAUUGCUUUCUUUAUAUUGCUGUGGUUGUGGAAUUGUUCUCUGCCAGAUAUCUUAGACUUCUAUCACCCGUGCUUCAUCCCAAUGGCAUCCCAACUUCUCUCCAUUCCUUUCUUCUUAAUCUUCUUAGUCUUUGUCUUCCUGCUAGUAAAAAAAGUAAUGGCAGCCAAGAAGUCAACUUUAGAGUUGCUUCCAGGGCCAUGGAAACUGCCUCUGAUAGGAAACAUGCACCAACUUCUUGUCUCAUUACCCCAUCAUUCCCUUAGAGAUUUGGCCAAGAAACACGGACCACUAAUGCACCUGAAAUUGGGUGAAGUUUCAGCCAUCGUUGUUUCUUCAUCGGAUGUUGCCAAAGAGAUCAUGAAAACCCAUGACAUCAUCUUUUCUCAGAGGUACUCUGUUCUUGCUUCUUAUAUUUUGUCUUAUGAGUGUACAGACAUUGUGUUUUCUCCGUACGGUGAUUAUUGGAGGCAGUUGCGUAAAAUUUGCGUUUUGGAGCUUUUAAGUGCAAAACGUGUUGAGUCAUUUCGGUCCAUUAGGGAAGAAGAAGUCUCCAAAUUCAUUAGAACAAUUUAUUUGAGUGCUGGAUCUCCUACCAAUCUUAGUGACAAAAUUUUCUCCUUGACAUACGGCAUAACUUCGAAGGCAGCUUUUAGUAAAAAAAGCAAGGGUCAAGAAAUGUUUAUAUCUAUCAUCAAAGAAGCUGUCAAACUAUCGGCAGGUUUCAAUUUUGCUGAUAUGUAUCCUUCACUAAAAUUUCUUGGCAUGAUUGGUGGAUUGAAGGCAAAAAUUAAGCGGCUGCAUCAAGUAUCUGACAUGAUUCUUGAGGACAUUGUUAAUGAGCACAGAGAAAGGAGGGCAACAAGAAAUGGUGAGGGAGGAGGUUGGGAAGAUCUGGUUGAUGUCCUUCUAAAUGUUCAAGAACGUGGUGGCCUUGAAUUCCUGUUGAGUGACGACAACAUCAAAGCAGUCAUCUUGGACAUAUUCAGUGCUGGCAGUGAGACAUCAUCAACAGCUGUAGAAUGGGCAAUAUCUGAAAUGCUGAAGAACCCCAGAGUGAUGAAGAAGGCACAAGCUGAGGUUAGAGAGGUCUACCAUGAGAAAGGAACAGUGGAUGAAAGUAGGCUCCAUGAAUUGGACUACGUAAGAGCAGUAAUCAGAGAGACCCUAAGGCUACAUCCUUCUGCUCCUCUGUUGCUCCCAAGAGAAAGUAGGGAGAGGUGUGAAAUUAUUGGAUAUGAGGUGCCCCCUCAAACGAGGGUUAUAAUUAAUGCAUGGGCGAUUGCCCGUGAUCCUGAAUACUGGAAUGACGCAGAUAAGUUCAUUCCAGAGAGGUUCCUUAAUAGUUCAAUAGAUUUCAAGGGUACUACUUUCGAAUAUAUACCAUUUGGUGCAGGUAGACGGGUAUGCCCAGGAAUACUAUAUGCAAUAGCUAACAUUCAGCUGCCACUUGCACAGUUGUUGUUCCAUUUCGACUGGAAACUCCCUGGGGGAUUGAAGGAAGAGGAUCUGGACAUGACCGAGCAUUUUGGUGUUACUGUUAGAAGAAAAUGGGAUCUGCACUUGAUUCCCAUUCCCUACCAGUUAUCAUCCAAUGUUUUUGAGUAAAAGCACAUGGUUAUUAUAUGUUUGUUAAUUUUCUUUUUUCCAAAAUUGUGAGAGGUUUCUGCUGUAUGUUUUUUAGUAUGAUGCUAUAUGUUAUCAAAUGCAACUUUUUUCCCUAUUGAAAGCUUGCAUAUGACUAUACGAGUAGAGAUGACUGCCAUUGAAGAAUAAAUAUUAGUGUUUGAAGUCUA